AUUCAUUCACCAGACAGGUGUUAUGGAAGCUGCUGAAGGUUGUGAAAUUCGGAGAAAUGGUUUCUUACCAGCAAUUAGCAGCCCUGGCAGGCAACCCCAAAGCAGCUAGAGCAGUAGGAGGAGCAAUGAGAAACAAUCCUGUCCCCAUCCUCAUCCCCUGCCACAGGGUGAUCUGCAGUAACGGCAGCAUUGGUAAUUACUCUGGAGGAGGGCAGGCUGUGAAGGAGUGGCUUCUGGCCCAUGAGGGCAUCCCAAUGAUGCAGCCAGCCUGCAAGGACUUGGGUCUUACCGGGACCCGGCUCAAGCCAUCCGGUGGCUCCACCAGCUCCAAGCUAUCUGGCUGAAAUUGAGUAACUGUUUGAGUGACACACAGAUGUAACGCCGUGUCGGAAUCGGGUGUGUGGUGGUACCACUAUAUUAAAAGAGCUGGAUGUGUCCUGGGGGACUCGAUGUGGCUGCCCUUUCUUGUUUCUACAUUUUACAGCAGAAUGAGUUCAGAC